UAUAGUCGGUUCUGUUUACUCUGCACCAACCUUCAAGCCGAAUGACGACAGCUCCUCGGCGCCUGCGACAACUACUCGCAGUCGUCCUAUGGCUAUCGAAGUCCCCCAAAUCCGAAAACUCCAUUCGGCUCCGGGCGGUACCCCUCCCGAACCUUUAUCGGCCCGUGGUGACGUGCCUGGUGGUUAUUUCCCGCUACAUGAAGACCCGAACUCCCGGGUACAUCGACCUCAUCCGUUCUGUUCUGAAAACAGAAAAUCUCGUCACGAAUUCCAUCUUUCCCUCGAAUUACCCUCGACAUUUCACCAACACGGGUCGUCCGCUCCCCUCGCGACUAUGCCAGAAUUUGUGCGAUCCGCGGUAGACCUGGGCAAUCACCCCUCUCAUACGCCGGUCGCAUCCUACUUACCCAGCGGUGCACCGGAUACUCUGCUGCCCAUGGGCAAAUACUAUCCUUCAAAUUACGAGACGUGGAACCGCUCGCCUCAACAUCAGGGACAAGAGCAACCGAUACCACGCUCAGCUGCCCUAAACGGCCUAGCCUCGAUGCAAUCCGAUCCUCAAGUCCCCGCGCGAUCCACUGUUCCGCCACGCCACGAUUCUGAGGUGAAGCGCAUGUUCCAACAGUAUCAGCGGGACAUGGUCGCUCAGGCUAGACUCGCAGCCAGCGAAGUACUCAACGGCGUCUCCAUAUCCAGCCAAGAUUCCGUAUCCUCGGUCGCGCUCAACAGCGCGCCUCUGAAGACCCUGCGGGGAUCGAACACCCACAAACCAACGGCGCCGAGGCUAUUGCCUCUCGGCAGCCCCGGUCCUGUAACGCCUAUGGACCUCGAAGAGGGAGAGGAAGGAGGAUACAUGGGGCGUGGCAGACAAGCAUGCUCGCCAUUGGGAGAAGGGGAACAGGUCACAAUGAUGGUGCGGGCUGAUGAGACCUGCAUCAGAAGAGAGAGCGCUUCGCCUUCCUAGGUGGAGGCAGCAGGACCUGCAUUCACAUGAUUACAUACGUGAAGCUGCGAAAGGCUGUGCAGCUGGAGAUAUUUGGCGUAACCAGGAAAGGAGUCCGGGACGAACUUUUGCUGCAGUUGCAGUCUUCGCACAUUUUUGUUUUCUUUCAUGAUACCCCUCCAUUUUCCUCUAUGGCCAGCCAUAGACAGAAGGCCUGCGGCCCCAAUGCAUACCCCUUACAUUGCGAGUUCGAUCAGACACUACAAAGCAUGGCAUUGUGCUUAGGGGUG